AUGACAUGGAGCACUAGAGCAUGGAACUCGAUUACCACAGAAGCGAUCCAGAACUGCUUUUGGCAUACUGGUCUCUUUGAUCGUGAAGAACAGCCUGUAGGCCCUCCCACAGCAACCCUCAGCCAUGACAUGGAGAUAUUAAGGCAGCUUGCAGUGCGACGGCCAAUGUCAGUCGACGAAUACCUCAAUCCAGAGGAGGAACAAACCCACGCUCACUACGAGCUCUCGGACGAGGAACCUUUUGAAAGUGCGGCGUCCCUUGAGGACGAAACUGCGACGGAAGAAAUAGAGAUGGAUGAAGAUGAACCACGUCAACCGACGGACAACGAAAAACUUGCCGCGCUUUACUUGGUUAUUAGCAUGCUGGAUGGAGGUCAUCUGCCUAUUGACAACCCAGACGAUGAAGAGCGAACCAUCGAUGCACUGAGAGUCCUUCGCACCAAACAGCAAGCGCUGCGAUUAGUGGUAGAGGUUGGCGAUUUUACAGUAUUCAUAUAA